AUCAAUAAAUAAUCCGUUUCUAUUAUGCUAAUUAUGUAAAAAAUGCAUGUAAAUAAAAAAACAGUGAGUUUUUUACUUUCUGGUAGAACAUGAAAAAAAUAGGAAAGUCGUUAUCGUUUCGAAGUGGCAGCUUCUAUGAUUUAAAAUAUGACCAGAAACUUGACACACAAAAGAUUAUUGCAAGUGGUUAUUUUGUUAAAUCUCCACCAAAUGACAAAAUCAGAACUCAAGUUUCUAGAUGGCAACACCGUUGGUUUGUUUUAUAUAAUGUUACACCAGGUUUUGAGAUUUACUACUAUAAAAAAGUUAAUCAUCAAGAGGAUGGUGAAGAACCUUUAGGUAAAAUAAAGCUGCACAAUGCUAGCGUUACUUCUCAUGUGGGACAUUUACGUUUUAGUUUUGUUAUAAUUCUUCAUACAGAUGAACGUGUAUGGCAUCUUUGCACUAAUGAAAAGGAAACCUACAACACUUGGUUCGAAAAAUUAAAAAUGUGUUGUCCCGCAAGUCCUAUUUUUGUAGAACCAAAGUAUAGCUUUUUGGCAUACGAUUGUAAUGAAGUAUCAGAAAUGGAAAAUAUUUUAGAUGAAAUUUCACCUCAAUUAGACAAAACAUCCUUAUCACCAAAAGAAAAUACUUUCCAAAAGUCUCCUUUUGUUUCUUCAUCAUCAGGUCUUGAUAGCAAUGAUCUUGUUGAUCCACCUUCACCUACAGAUCCUUCGUCUAUUAAUCAGUCUAUGGAGUUAUCGCCAAUAUUUGAAGAAAAUACUCAAAGUUACCAAGACUCGAUGGUAGACGUUCGAUAUGAUAAAAGUAAUUUACAUUUGCCUUUGCGUUUUUCGUCAUUUACAAGCAACAUUAUUCACGACGAUAUAUUCGGAAAUAACCCUUUUCAAGGACCAAAGUUGCAAAAGAAAAUAAAUAGCAAAAUGUCGAUUAGUAGAUCCUGCAAUAAUCUUCUAGAUGCAAUCGAUAAAAAUAACAACACUUUUUAGUUUUGGAGUUUCAAGUAAUAUAGUAAAAAAGAAAUAAUGUAAAGAAAACAAUGUAAAAACAAGACUGUUAUUAUAAAAAUGGUUAACAUAAAAAGUUUAAACGUAAUAUUUAAAAUAUUCGUUUUAUUAAAAUUAAUGUUGUGCAAAUGUAAUUUGCACAACAUUUUUCCAAUUAUUUUUCAAAAUAUUUUUUUUAUUAGAAUGUUUUUCAUUUAAAAUCUUUUUCAAAUUUAUUUUUAAAUAAUUGUUUUAUUAGAAUAAAUGUUGUUACAUUUGUGCAAAUGUAGUUUUUCUGAUUAAAUUUUAACUUGAAA